AUGGAAUCCCUUCUUCUCGAGAAGAUGGGAUUACUCUCCAACAAAAUCUCCAGAGAUGAUCUGAAACCAGGAGAUCACAUCUAUUCAUGGCGCAACGCUAUCUACUCCCAUCACGGAAUAUAUAUAGGCGAUGAGAAAGUCAUUCAUUUCACUCGCGGAGGUGGUCUAGAGACAGGAACAGGGACCUUCUUGGACAAUAUCAUCGUUAGCUCAAUCCCGAAUCACGGAGGAGACAAUCCUUGUCCUAACUGUGGAAAGCAAUCAAGUCUCGGUGGUGGUGUGAUCUCUUCUUGCCUCGAUUGCUUUCUCUCUGGUGGAGAUCUCUAUCUCUUCCACUACAGCAUCUCUCCGGCUAUCUUUAUGACCAAACUCCGAGGAGGUACCUGCACAACAGCAACCUCAGAUCCUUCCGAUGAAGUCAUCUCCCGUGCGAAACUCCUCUUGUCGAGGAAUGGCUUUGGUGAGUACCACGCUCUAGAGAACAACUGUGAAGACUUUGCGAUAUACUGCAAAACUAGUUUUGUGGUCGGGAAAAGCUAUGUGUUGGGAAGGAGCGGUCAAGCCAAUUCGGUGAGUGCGGCUGCUUGCGUUGCACGCAUGCUUAGUCCUUGGGCCAGCAAUGCCAUCCGUCUCUUCUCGGACAUUGGUAUAAGAAGUGAUGCUAUUAAACUCCCCGUCGAGAGUCUCCUCGCAAGGGAAAGCUGA